UAUCCAUUGAAACGCAACACAAACACACUAUGCAUUUUACGAGCUCUGGUUUUCUCUGAAUCAAACAAAACCAAAGCUAGAAACAGCAACUACGUUAGAGAAGAAAACAAAAAGCUGAAUUGCAAAGCACCGUGAUAGAUACUAAUCACUUUCAGGCACACACACCAAGAGACAAAACAAGGUACCAUUUUUGUUUUUUGUUUUUUUUGGUAUGUUAAUGCGUCACCACCACAAAUCUGAGCUUUACAUCGGAGAAGAAAACAUAAACCUCUCUUCCGAUUCCACUUCAACUUCACUAUCCUUCUCUCCAAAUCCAAACCAAAACCAUUUCUCAAUCCAAAAAAUUCCAACUUUUUCUUCUCAACCAGCACCAAACCCGCCAAGUCUCUAUCACCAUGAACGUUUCUCCAAUAACCCAUCAUCACCAUUUCAAACUCCACACUCCUCACCCCACAAGAGGCCUAUAAUGACCCACCCUUACCCUUCUUCAUUCCCAACACCCUUUGGCGCAAAGUUUCCAACUUUGAAGCCUCUCACCCAUUUCCGUUUCAUUGUUUUCCUUUCCCUUUCCCUUCCUUCUUCUCUCUACUUUCUCGUUUCGUAUCCUCGCUUGCUAGAUUUCUUCUUCGUGAUUGUUUUCUCAACAGCACUCUUGGUUUCUCUGAAUCUGGCACUCCCACGCUUACCCUCAAUUCGAUUAUUCCUCGCUCGAUCGUUGCCUUCCAAGCUAUCUUCCUCUUUUGCCGCCACAUAUUCUCCUCAGCCUGUUCUUUGGUCUAUUGGGUCGAAGCAAGAGCAAUUGAAAACCGCAACUUCGGGAUCUUGGGUUCAAGUUUAUAGCAAUGGGGAUGUGUACGAGGGUGAAUUCCACAAGGGCAAGUGUUCUGGGAGUGGGGUUUAUCACUAUCACAUGAGUGGAAGAUAUGAGGGUGAUUGGGUUGAUGGCAAGUAUGAUGGAUAUGGUGUUGAGACAUGGGCAAGAGGAAGCAGGUAUCGUGGGCAAUAUAGACAGGGUUUGAGGCAUGGAAUUGGAAUCUAUAGGUUUUACAGUGGUGAUGUGUAUGCUGGUGAGUGGUCUAAUGGCCAGUGUCAUGGGUUUGGAGUUCACACUUGCAAUGAUGGGAGCCGUUAUAUUGGGGAGUUUAAAUGGGGUGUCAAACAUGGACUCGGCCAGUACCAUUUCAGAAAUGGGGACAUAUAUUCUGGGGAAUAUUUUGCAGACAAGAUGCAUGGUUUUGGAGUGUAUCAAUUUCAGAAUGGUCAUCGGUAUGAGGGGGCAUGGCAUGAAGGAAGAAGACAAGGACUGGGAAUGUACACUUUCAGAAAUGGGGAAACACAAUGUGGUCACUGGCAGAAUGGGAUUCUUGAUGAUACCAAAAGGCAAAACAGUCAUUCUGGGUCUCCAUGUGCGGUGGACCAUGCUAAGGUUUUAAACGCAAUCCAGGAUGCACAUUGUGCUGCUGAGAAAGCUUGCAAUAUGGCAAAGGUGGAUGAUGGUGUGAACAAAAUAGUGGCUGCAGCUAAUAAAGCAGCAAACGCAGCAAGAGUGGCAGCUGUAAAGGCUGUGCAAAACAGGAUGCACCAUAAUAACAAUGACAAAUGAUACUUCUUACCAUUCACUCAAUGUUUGGAUCAUACAAAAGCAUUUCAUCUGUAUCAUCGACCAUCAUAGGUUGCAUACAGAACAUUUUUAGAUAUGAGAGAAAGCAAAGGAAGCAGAAUGAAUGCGAGGAAGAUGAAUCAUAAAAAUGCAGAAAAAUCAUGAGAUCUCCUCUGAAGUUUGGUUGCUUAGUUAUGUACAUUUUCUUCUUCUCCCCACUUGGGAGGUGCCUGCUUGGAACCACUUUCUGUCAUUGAACUUGAUGGCAGAUUGCGGAGCAAAUAGGUUCCUCACUCUUAGUGGCUGUUUUUAUAUGUAUAGGAAGAGUAAGAAUAUAAUAGACUAUAGAGUUACAAUGUGUAAGGCUUAAGUGCCAAAAAGAUGGCCAAAGUUUAGCGUAGGUUUUACGUGUUGGAUUCCUGUUAUGAACUUGUUAGUGUAUCUAUAUGCAUUUGGGUGGGUGCAUUUAUAAAGUUGCUCCCCAGCCAGUGUUGUAUGUGUUUGUUGAAG